GGGAAAGAUCGCCGGCGAGAUCCCGAGGCGAGGCUCGCGCGCCCGCCCCCGCCCUGGCCCCCAGCGCCCACCCGGUCGGCCCGGCUCAGCCAUGAUCAAGGCGAUCCUCAUCUUCAACAACCGCGGGAAGCCGAGGCUCUCCAAGUUCUACCAGCCCUACAGUGAAGAUACACAACAGCAAAUCAUCAGGCAGAUAUUCCAUUUGGUAUCUAAGAGAGAUGAAAAUGUUUGUAAUUUCCUAGAAGGAGGAUUGUUAAUUGGAGGAUCUGACAAACUGAUUUAUAGACAUUAUGCAACAUUAUAUUUUGUCUUCUGUGUGGAUUCUUCAGAAAGUGAACUUGGCAUUUUAGAUCUAAUUCAAGUAUUUGUGGAAACAUUAGACAAGUGUUUUGAAAAUGUCUGUGAACUGGAUUUAAUUUUCCAUGUAGACAAGGUUCACAAUAUUCUUGCAGAAAUGGUGAUGGGGGAAAUGGUAUUGGAGACCAACAUGAAUGAGAUUGUUACUCAAAUUGAUGCACAAAAUAAACUGGAGAAAUCUGAGGCUGGCUUAGCGGGAGCUCCAGCCCAUGCUGUAUCAGCUGUAAAGACUAUGAAUCUUCCUGAGAUCCCAAGAAAUAUUAACAUUGGUGACAUCAGUAUAAAAGUGCCAAACCUGCCCUCUUUUAAGUAAAAAACUAAAAAGGCCACUCCCAGGUAAAAUCCAGGGGGAAGAGUCAUCUAAGUUUACCAUGCAGUUGUUUACCAAAAAUAGAGGAGGAGAGUCUUAACUUUGGCUCUUGGAUUUAAGUCAAGGUACUGUAUAAAAGUUGUGUAAAAUCGGUAUGGAAGUUCAAUGUUGCUUUUCUUGCUCAGUGAUUUUGAAGAAAUUGGGUAGUUCCAGUGUGGUAUUUCUUUUUCUUUUCUAAACUGCAUUUCUGUGCCCACCUAAGGCAUGCCUCCAUGUAUUGGCUGCUACAAUAUUUCAAAAAGUGUUUGAGACAUUUCUUUAAGUUAUGUACAAUCCAAAAUGUUGGUGUUUUGUAUGGAUCACAAGUGCAGCAUUCCAUAAUUCUUUGUUAUUUGUCACAAUUGUUAUUUAAAGAACCAAGUAUGUAUUGCAUGAAAACAUUAUGACCUUUUCCUCUUAGUUUAAAUAAACUCCAAGGUAACU